GUUCAAGUGGACGUCUCUCUUUCAGAAUUUCCUUAAGUAACACAUAAAAAGGCCGUUGAGGUAAAUUUUUGUAGAUUCGUAUAGGGACACAUCUCCUUCUUAUCCAUCACAUUAUAAUCAUGUUGUUUCUAGUUGCGACUGUCGCCUGUCUCGUCGCAGCAUCCAUGCAUGGUGUUGCCGCUGAAAGUUGCCAUAUGCGUGAGGUAGAUUUAUGCCUUGCAACUGUACUGGUUAGUGCUACUGAAGGUGUACCAGCUACCGAUGAAGAAAUUGACAAAGUGUGCGAGCCUGUCCAAGAAGGUAUGGAAUGCAUGGGUAACUAUUCCAAAUCUUGCUUCACACCUUUACUGCAAGAGGUAUAUGAUAUGGUUAUGGCUGAACCAAUGAAAUAUCAAACUCUCAUGUGCACACACGGAACAGAUGAACGAGCCCAAUAUUUGAAGAACGCCCCAUGCUUCCAGAAGGUAUUGUCCAAUGAUAACGUUAGGCCCCACUUAGAAGAUCUCAUGGCUGCCUUAGAGAAAGCAACAGAGUCUAAGUUCCAAGACAGAAUUCCUAUUAUGUGCUGUGGAAUCCAACGUCUUUUCAAAGUCACCGUCGACAUGGUUGAGAAACAGUGUGGCAAGGGUGUCCUAGAAGAAGGCAGCAUGUUGAUCGGUAUGUCAGCUUCUAGCUUGUCGGACGUCUUCUGCAGAGGAUACACACCAGAUUCGCCAAAAUGCGCUCUUCUACCACCAUCUGGCACUCCCUCCAAGGGAACAGAAUCUAAAGUCCAAUUGAUUCAAUUUAUGAACACGGCCCUUGCUAACUGGCAAUAAGACUGUAGUAUUCCAAAGUUCUUAUUUGGUUCAAUAAAAAUAUUGUUUUGUUUUUCA